CAUUGUUUUCGUCAAAUACAAUGUCCGUGUCGUCAACGUUACGUUCAGAAAAAUUUGAGGAUAUCUGUUUGCACAGAGUAGCGGAAGAAGAAGAAGAAGACAAUGAAGGCAGCGAAGAGGGCGAUCAACGGCGUGAGAAUAUGGGUGAAGGCGCAACCGGCGAAGGUGAAGGGCUUUCUUGCGGCGAUAGCCUCCUUGUCCGCCAUUGUUGUCAUCCGCCACCUCGUUGAAAAUCGCGACAACCUCUUUGUGGCAGCCGAGGCUGUCCACGCCCUAGGAAUUUCUGUCCUCAUUUAUAAGCUCACCAAAGAGAGGACUUGCGCUGGAAUUUCAUUGAAAUCACAAGAACUAACAGCUAUAUUUUUGGCUGUUAGACUUUACUGCAGUGUUGUGAUGGAAUUUGAUGUGCACACACUGCUUGACUUAGCUACAUUGGCAACUACUAUCUGGGUCAUUUACAUGAUCCGGUUUCAGUUAAAAUCCAGUUACAUGGGUGACAAAGAUAACUUUCCCCUGUAUUAUGUGGUGAUUCCCUGUGCUGUAUUAUCUCUACUAAUUCAUCCAUCAACACGCCAUCACGUAUUCAAUCGCAUCUGUUGGGCAUUUUGCAUUUAUUCAGAAGCUGUUUCAGUGCUUCCUCAGUUGCAUGUCAUGCAGAACAUAAAGAUCAUUGAGCCAUUCACCGCUCAUUACGUUUUCGCUCUGGGAAUUUCAAGGUUCCUAACCUGUGCACGUUGGAUUCUCCAGAUGAUUGACACUCGGGGGCGCUUGCUUACCGCUUUGGGUUAUGGACUGUGGCCAUCUAUGGUCCUUCUAUCAGAAGCUGUCCAAACGUUUAUCCUCGCAGAUUUCUGCUACUACUACGUUCAAAGUGUUCUUGGUGGCAACCUCGUGCUGCACCUUCCAUCAGGAGUAGUGUAACCUUAAAACUAUGGUCAACUAUACAUACUAGGUAUUUUUUUCUAUUGCACAAGUAACAGAUCAGAUAGUCUAGGUAGGAUACAAGGAUGUUUGAUGCUUGUGUAUGUAUCUGUAUUGUGAUUGCAUUAUAUUCCUGGGAUGCAUGUUUGAUGUAAAUGCAUAUAUGGUUAAGUAUAA